UCAUGUUGCUGUUCUCUCUUUUGCAAAAGUGAAAACUUUUACUUUUUGAAAUGUGAGGGCAAUUGCUUACUGCGACUUUUCCUUUCUUCACCUUUUCUUUUGCUUAUGUUAACUGUGAUCAUAAAGGAAUAGGGGAAAAGGCAUCAUUUGUAAUCAGCCUUUGUUCUUUUUAGCUCUUCGCUCUCCCUUUCUUUCUCUUUAAUUCCUUUUACAGAAGCUACUUCGGCCAGGGAGAAGAACAGUAUCUAAUGUCUAGAAGCCGUAAACCGCUAGCUAAUUGUCGAUGUUCGAUUUGAUUGUCUCUAGCCUACCUGCCAAAGAUGGUUCUUAUCAUACAAGACACAAGGGUGGUCAAGGGAAUGGAAGAGACAUCUCCAGAUGCAUGCAAUAAUAGGGCCAUGUUGGAGAAGAGAGCAAGGCCUCAGGAGCAGCUGAAUUGCCCAAGGUGUAAUUCGAACAACACCAAGUUCUGCUAUUACAACAACUACAGCCUCACUCAACCCAGGUACUUUUGCAAGACUUGCAGAAGGUACUGGACCGACGGCGGGUCUCUAAGAAAUGUCCCAGUGGGAGGCGGUUCGAGGAAGAACAAGAAAGUAUCCACCUCGUCGACGUCAUCGUCACCAUCAGCUUCUUCUCGGCUCCCCGAUCUUAACCCAUCAACUGUAAUCUCUCACUUCUCUGCUCAAAACCCAAAGGCAGGACUACUGUACGAAGGUCAAGAUCUCAAUUUGGGCUUUCCAGCCACCCAAGAAUACCACGCAACAAUUGCUCAGUAUGUUCAACUUCCCAAAGUUGAUCACGAGACUAGUAGUGGCGGUCCAGAUAACAACUCUAGUGCACCUUCUUCAGCUCUAGAGCUGCUCAGGAAUAGUUCUAGCGGAAUGGGUUCAAGGGGCUUGAGUCUUCCUUUCCUCCCGGCGAACAUACAGGCCGAUUCCAAUGCUAUCUACUCGUCGGCAGGGUUUAAUUUGCAAGAACUCAAGCCCUCUCUUAGCUUCUCUGUGGAUAACAGGUAUGCGAGUGCCCAUGGAGUUGUUCAUCAAGAGAAUGUUGGGAAGUUACUGUUCCCUUUUGGAGGAAUGAUGAAGCAGCUUUCGAGCACGGGUGGCAGUGAUCAAGUAGAUCACAAUGGAAAGGGCCAGAGCAGUUCGAAUGCAUAUUGGAAUGGAAUGUUAGGUGGAGGAUCGUGGUAGAGAGGGAUCGUUCAACUGGGGAAGCUGCGUGUGCUGGCUCUUUUCCUCUCUUUUGUGUUAACCUUUUUUUUUUUCCUCCUCUCAUGGUUGUUACUACAUGUCUCAAACUGUUCAGAGCUAACAGAUAGAAUACAUGUAUUGUAUGGCUUUCUUUUUCUUUUUCUUUUUUUCCUAAACAAUUUUAAGCUUUUUGGAUCUUUAGAAGGGUUUGCUUUUGCUAAGCUACUCAAGCGAAAAGUUGGAUGAAGUUCAUCGGUUUGGAGUUUACCUA